CACCUUGUGCAGGUGACAAUGACUAUCGAUAUUGACCAGAAGCAUCAAACAUUUAUGCUUAGUCAGAAGUCUCCUGGAAACAUGGCACAUAUGAUCCUCCAGGCUACUGGGGCCCAGGUGAUCUUUCCUAUCGACAAUCAGCGCCUCCAAGCAGAGGAAUUAAAGGACAAUCUUACUUUCAUCUCGACUUCCGGUUUCUCCACAGAGAAACUUGAUCAAAGUCGUCGACUUAGUAAUAAUGGGCCCGUCGAUCUUAAGCAAAGCUAUGGUUUAAACUCUCUUUCGUCAGUUUUAUCGAUGAGAACGAAGGCUUACUCUGGGUCACCUGGAACCUUGUAUAAUGAAGGCCUCAGUGACUUCUCUUUUUCGAGGCUUAGUAGAAUGGCUAAUUCAACGUCCAAUAAUGACUUUCAAGCGACUGAUACGAAUAUCAUCGCUUCUGGACAUAUGGCUGCCCUUCCUAAAGAGGAUCGUUCUCGUAUGCUCUACCAAGGACCAGAUCUCAGUGGAAUCAUAUCUCAUCAACAUUGUACUGUUUACACGCCUCCUUCAAAUUCCUCGGUGCAAAGACCGACUGCGGUUCUCAUUACCGGAACCGUGGAUGGGGUGUUUCUGGCGCGACAGCUGUUAAUUGGUAAGCUACAGACAAUUAUGAAAUGA